AAAUGGCCAACUCUAGUCAUUCGUUAUAGUAAUCGUAUUGUUUUGCAGUAUAACGGAGAAUGGACUUUAGAAGCUGUUCAACGUUUCAUUGAUUUUAUAUUUAUUCCAGUUGAGAGAUUGAACUCAAGGCUUGAAUUAAAACGUUUGACUAUGCAAAGAGAUGCCGUAGUCCUCGGUGUUUUCGGCAAUGGAUCACAAUUGGAGUUUCGAAAAUUUGUAAGUGCUGGAAUAAAAUGGCUGGAAACUGAUCCAGUUUCGAGUUUUCGCUUUGCUGCCGCGAUUGGUCCAGCAGCAAAAGAUAUUUUACAUAGAGCGAACGAUACCCAACAACGCUUGCCUCAACUGUUGCUCAUUACAAGCAAAGGAGUAGUAGAAAUGCCGCCUAGUGAGUGGAACGUGAGUAAUAUAGUUGUGUGGCUACAAACCGAGUUUGCACGUUCACUCAAUGUAUUGUACGGUUAUAACUCGCCCAAAAGUUUGACUAUGCUUUUACAUUUAUCACCAGUACUGACCGUUAUUGCCAAUGACUAUUUCUACGAAUAUAUGAAUACAUUAACAAACUAUGGAAUUUCUUUAGAUGAGCAAUGUCAUACAGACAUUUGGCAAAGUGAGAUGGCUAAACUUCAAGAACUGGGAUAUGUCCAACAUACAAUGGAGAAAAGUGAACUUUUAAAGCCGUUAACUUGCUCCGCUAAAGAAUACCUUAGUCAAUGGAAUUUGAGGUAUUACUACGCUUUAGAUAGCUAUCUAAAACAGUUUAUUUGUGGCUUGAGACGAAAUUGUACCUUUGAAAAGGGUUUGGCGUCAUCGAAUAACAUACAUAAGCUAUGUACGAGCAAACAUCGAAACAGUUCGCCAUCUAGGAAAAUUGCAGCUGCGAAAUAUUUAAAAAAGUUCGUUGAUGACAAUUGGAAUCAAUUCAAAUCGGGACAUAACCAGACAUUAUCCGUUGUUAUUGUGGAUCACGGAAAACAUUUGGACUUUUUAAAAAGUCAAGGAAUUCCACAUGUAGAUAAUAAAAAUUUUGUAACAUUAAUGAUAGCUGACCGUUUGAAAGAGAGUAUUUUCCUCUUUCAAGAUGAAUUCACAUACGAAUCAUUGCAACAGUUUGUUCAAAGUUAUUACAGUAAAGUACUUGUUGCAUACAAAACGGGAAGUUCCCUUAAAACAAUACCUUCUUUGCCUCAGAGGAAACUUUUCUUGGAAAAUGUAAAUAAUGAAAUGUUUAUAAGAAAAGUUGAUCAACACAAUUUUACCACAAUUGCUUUGUUGUAUUCUCCACAAUGUAUGUUCUCAGCACUCGCUAUACAGGCUCUAAUACAGCUUUCAACUAUGCUUGACGACUUGUCUGGAAUUCAAAUUAUUCGUAUAAAUACUUUAAUUAAUGAUUUACCGUGGGAGUUUAAAAUAUAUAAUUCGCCUACCUUGAUUGUGUUUCCUCGUGGCCGUGCACUCGACUCUCAAGUAUUUCCGUCCCGUUUGAAAUUUAAUGUGCGUAAUGUCUUUAGCUUUGCUCUGGCACAAAUGGAAACUGUGGAUCAACUAAAAGCAUUAAUCAGUUAUUGUAGACGCCGCAGAUGGCAUUCGCUUCGAAUGCGAAAUUGUAUACAGUUCGUAAAAAGACUGGCUGCCCAACAUAAAAUGAUUAAUAUGGAACAGCAGAUCACUGAAGAUUAUAUCGUACCAAAACAAAUGAUGGAAUGGAAUCAUUUAAAGUCGGAAUUAAAAUCAAUUUUCCCUCUCUACUAAAAAUAUGUUUUUAUGUGGGUUGGUUGGGUUGGAUGAAAUAUUGAAU